AUGGGUCAGGGGACUUUGGUAACAGGCCGCAAAGCCCCUGGGGCAGAGGGUCAGUGUGUGCUGGUCACCAAAGGUGACGGCUGCUCGGGGGGAAGGAGCGGGAGCGGGCCGGUUCGGAGGACAGGGCGGACAGAAGAACCCCGAGGCCGUGCGGGAUCCCGGGGCCGGUGCGGGAUCCCGGGGCCGGUGCGGGAUCCCGGGGCCGGUGCGGGAUCCCGGGGCCGGUGCGGGAUCCCGGGGCCGGUGCGAGAUCCCGGGGCCGUGCGGAGCCCCAGGGCCGGUGCGGAGUCCCGGGGCCGGUGCGAGAUCCCGGGGCCGUGCGGAGCCCCAGAGCUGGUGCGGGAUCCCGGGGCUGUGCGGAGCCCCAGGGCUGGUGCGGGAUCCCAGGGCCGGUGUGGCCGCAGCCCCGUGGGCGGGACCCGGCGCGGCCCCGCCCGGCGCAGCGUGGCCAUGGCGGCGGCGGCGGCGGCGGCGCGCGGGGCCCUGGCGGGGAUCCUGCGGCGCUGGGCCCCCCGCGCACUCCCGCUCUGCGGCCCCUCCGCCCGCUGCCUCGGGCACAGACCGGCCCCGGCCCCGCUCUGGACCCCGCGGCUGCUCUGCGAGAACCGGCCCCGGGCAGGGACCCCCUCGGUGCUCAGCAGUGUCACGCCUUUACUUCCAAGCUUACUCCAGCAGCCAGUGAGGACCCUCACCUACUGCAGCUUACGGAAAGGAAAGAGGAAAAGUGUGAAAUCUGUGGUCAAAAGGUUCCUCCGGUUGCACAAUGGCCUCUGGGUUAGGAGAAAGUCUGGUUAUAAGAAGAGGUUGUGGAAGAAGUCAGCUGCCCGGAAGAAGCGUUUGAGGGAGCUUGUGUUGUGCACGAGGACACAGUGUAAACUCCUGGAUAAAAUGACCACUUCCUUCUGGAAAAGGAGGAACUGGUACAUCGAUGAUCCCUUCCAGAAGUACCACGACCGCACAAAUCUUCGUGUGUAGAAAUCUUGGGUUUGCACAUCUCUAGGAAAGGGGUGUGGUCAUGUGGCAUGGUCUGGAUUUUGGAAUGUACAUCUCUAACCCUGCUUUUUUUAAAUAAACAUGUGCAUAUCAUCUGAGCAGAAUUAUGGGAAUCAAUGGCCACAAUAAAGGAAUACUCGAAUUUA